ACCAUCAUUAACACAACUAAUCAACACCAAAAAGAAAAGCUACAUAUUUCAAUACAACAUAGAACAUCUUUUCAAUAUUCAAAAAAGAUAAAAAUGAACAAAGUGGCAUUGAUUACUAUAAUGAUGGCUUGCAUGUUAAUAUCAAGCUCUCAUGGUAAAGCAACUUUGACAUGUGAACAAGUAACCAUAUGGUUAACUCCAUGCAUACCCUAUGGAACAUUGGGAGGGAGUGUUUUACCUUUGUGUUGCCAAGGGGUUCAUUCCUUAAACGCUGCUUACAAGAAUGGUGAUGAUAGAAGAGUUGCUUGUCACUGUGUUCAAGAUAGGGCUGCAUUGAUCCCUUUGAUUGAUUACACUCGUAUUAAUCAAAUUGGUGAUCUUUGUGGAUCUAAAUGUCCUUUCAAAGUUUACCCUUCCACUAAUUGCGACAAGGUUCAGUAAGCAGCAAAGGGUGUCAACAUGAAGAAGGUGGUGGAAGAUUGUUAUACGGAGAAAAAAAAUAUUAUGUCUUAUUAUAGGAAAAAAAUAAAAGUGUACUGAUCGUAUGUAACGAUCUGGUGAAUGUCUGGAACAAUAUAUGUCAUAUUUCAGCAAUAAAAAUAACCUAUUAAUUAUCAAA